AGCAUGAAUGGGAGCAGCUUCCCGGCCACGAUGGAGACAGAAGGCGGCUCCGGCUGUGCGAACCAGGUUUCCUCCCACAUGAGUCCCUGAGGUUCCUGCUGGCAGCCCCAGCAGUGCCCUGCAGAAGUGCCCUCCUGCUCCUGGCUCAGCAGCCGAGGCCCCUGCAAACCUGCUUCUGCAAUGGGUGGGUUGUAAGCACUGGUAAUGAGGAGCUGUGGGCCCAGUCAGUCUUGGAGAUGCCGAAGAGACGAGACAUCCUGGCUAUCGUGCUGAUAGUUCUGCCCUGGACACUGCUAAUCACCGUCUGGCACCAGAGCACCAUUGCUCCACUGCUUGCAGUGCACAAGGAUGAUGGUGGUGACUCCCAGCGUGAUCUCGCUGCAGGCUUGGACUCCAAGGAAUACUGCCUGUCGGACCGGGACAUUGUGGAGGUGGUGAGGACAGAGUACGUUUACACGCGCCCACCCCCGUGGUCAGACACGCUGCCCACCAUCCACGUGGUCACCCCCACCUACAGCCGCCCGGUGCAGAAGGCAGAGCUGACCAGGCUGGCCAACACCCUGCUGCACGUGCCCAACCUGCACUGGAUCCUGGUGGAGGAUUCGCAGCGCCGCACGCCGCUCAUCACCCGCCUGCUGCGGGACACGGGGCUCAACUACACCCACCUCAACGUGGAGACCCCCCGCAACUACAAACUGCGCGGGGACAUGAGGGACCCCCGCAUCCCCCGCGGCACCAUGCAGAGGAACCUGGCCCUCAGGUGGCUGAGAGAGACCUUUAACAAGAACAACAGCCAGCCCGGGAUUGUUUACUUUGCUGAUGAUGAUAACACCUACAGCCUGGAGCUCUUCGAGGAGAUGCGCAGCACCAGGAAGGUGUCGGUGUGGCCCGUGGCCUUCGUGGGCGGCCUGCGCUACGAGUCGCCCAAGGUGAACGCGGCGGGGAAGGUGUACGGCUGGAAAACCGUCUUCGACCCGCACCGCCCCUUCGCCAUCGACAUGGCCGGCUUCGCCGUCAACCUCAGGCUCAUCCUGCAGCGCUCUCAGGCCUACUUCAAACUGCGCGGGGUCAAGGGCGGCUACCAGGAGAGCAGCCUGCUCCGAGAGCUGGUCACCCUCAGCGACCUGGAGCCCAAGGCUGCCAAUUGCACUAAGAUUUUAGUCUGGCACACAAGGACAGAGAAGCCUGUGCUGGUGAACGAGGGCAAGAAAGGAUUCACAGAUCCCAACGUGGAAAUCUGACUGUGCAUGGCUGAGCAGAGACCAACAGCAGAAGAUCUCUUCAUGCACAGCCUGCAAGGUUCCUCUCCACAGCAUCCACCCAGCCAGCCAGGCGGGAGCCAGGCCCUCUGCUGACUCCCACGAGUUUUAGCCUUCAGAAAAACCAAGCACCACUGCAUACAUGAAGUCCCCGGACCCCCUGCCCCUCCUCCUGGGCCCGGAGCACAGGCAGAGCUCCGGAGGUGGAGAACAAAGCACAGAAAGGCAGGCCUGGCAGCUCCCGGCGCCAGGCUCGGGCUGGCAUGUGGCUGCAGGAGCAGGGCUGUGUGCCAGCACCUGGCUGAGGGUGAGAGCCACGGCAGUGCCCCCAGGGACUGGUUGUGCUGAGAAACACGAACCUUGUGGCCAUGUGUGAGACAGCCUGAGCAGCUCUCUGGCCGUGGAGGGGACAGCUGCCUUCAAGAUGGCACCUUAGCCCUUAAUUUUAAACCUUCUUUAAUCAGUGUUUGUUACGCUGCACAAGACAGGGAGGGUUUGGGGAGGGGGAAAAGCGAGGCAGGUUAGAACAAACCGUUUAAGCAUCACUGUUCUCUGAUUUCCCUGUCCUUUUUCUUCCUCAGUUUCACAGUUUGGGGGGCACCCUGACGUUCCUCUGUGGUCAUGAAAUCGUGGAAGGGACUUUAAAGGUCCUCUGGUCCAAGCCCCUGCCAUGGGCAGGGACACCUCCAGCUGGACCAGGUUCCUCCUGGCCUGGAAUAUUCCCAGGGAUGGGGCAUCCCCACCCCUGUGGGCAACUGUGCCAGUGUGACACCACCCUCAUUGUAAAAAAUGUCCUUAUAUCAAAUCUAUCCUCUUUGAGUUUAAAACCAUCAACCCGUGUUCUAUCCCUGCUAAAAGGUUUGUCCCCGUCUUUCUCAGAAGUCCCCAGAGUGGGAUGGAGGGACAGGAUCAGGGAGCUGCUGAUCACCACUGAUUCUGGAUGGAGUCAUGUCUCCAGAAUGUGGUUCUCUAAAAAUGCUAAAAUAAUGGGAAGUGGGGUUUAAUGAGAUUGUGGGGGCCAUGCACCAUAAUAUUCAUCCAAAUCUGGGUCCUGUUUAGCCCUAAUUUGGUUCCCGUGAGCAUCAGGUGUGGGAUUCUCUCAAGGGUGCUCCUACAUAAAGGCAAAUUUCCACUCUUAAAAAAAUAAAACUGCUUCAAACUGGGGACUGGAUGCUAAGAGAUGAUUUUAGUGCAUUUCCCAUUUGACUGGAGUGUAUCCUCCAGCCCCAGCCCCUUUUUCUGCUACUGCAGAAAGGUGUGAAAAGCCACCCUGGAGCAGUUCCCAGUCCCCUCUGAUGGAGAGAGCAGCACCCUUGGGAAGGGGAUCCUGGGCUCAGGCUCUGCUUGUUCACCAUCUGGUGCUGCUGCCACCAUGGGUGACUCUGUCUGAGACUGCCAAACUUGCUGAGAUAAAAACUGAGGUACAACAGGCAAAAUCCCAGCCAAAACCCCUAAAUUCCCUCCCCCCCCAUAACUGUUGUCAAACCUUUGUCACCCGCCCCUGCCACUGUCCCAAUUCCUUCAAAAAUUUUGAAGCACAAUUUUACCUUUGAACUGUGGGAAAAAUGUAAUCCUGCAAUAGACUUGGUUAUUUUUAGCCCUAACACAUAGAACUAUUAAAAUGCUCUGGGUUUGAUUGCUGGCUCACGGUGCAGAAGUCUCCCCUUGGACUAAUGACAUUGUGUAUUUCCUGAUAUUUCAAAGGAAAAUAUUUUUUGUAAGUUAUUUUCUCCCUCUGUAUAUCAGAACCAUUGGGGAAAAGUCUCAUUCUUGAGUUCCCAGCCACAGAAGCCUUUACAAAAAUGUUCCUUUUAGAUGCAAUGGCUGAAGCACCACUUGGAAAGAAAGUGUUGGAUGCUGCUGGCUGCUCUAUGGGAACAGGUAUUGUUACCUUGGAUUAAAACUCUGCACUCAAGUAGAUUUCUUCUCUUAUUGUACUGGCCUUCCAAGCUCCCUUCAGUCUGCAAACCCUACAGUGGAAAGAGACAUUUUUCAAGGACUACCAAGUUUUCACAGCAUUGAAAUAGUUUCCAACUGAUGUCCUCUCCGAGCUGCAUGUUUUGGUUCACUGAUCUGAAUUCCAGUCCCUGCUGGGUUCCAACCUUCCCUGCUUGGAAGGAAACAACUUUCAGAAAAAUGCAAAGGACGGAGUCCUGAACACAGCCCUGCACAUUUGCUCUGCCCACAGGAGCCUGGGCCCUCUCAGCUGUCCCAGAGCUGCUGUGGCCCUGGGGAGCAGAGAUGGGUGUCCCCAGACCUGGCCAGGAUGGAGCGUGUUCCAGCUGCACUGUCUGUUCUCAGUUUUAAACAAACUGUAUUUAAAUUUGUUAAAUAAAAUGAUGGUUUCUAAGA